GUGGAUUGCAUCAUCUCAUGCGGACAUCACCCCAGAUGCCAGUAAUUCACGCUAUCUUCGCUGCAUUAGUUUCUGUCCCCCAGAUCGGCUUAUGGGUUAUACGCAAGUAGUCUGGUGCAUUUAAUACCUCACUGAUCACCCUUCUUCAUUCCUCCAUCAUCCAAUCCCCAUCAAAACUCCACUUCCCAUAUAUUCCCAGAACAAGCUUUCACCAUGGUCAACCGCACCGCCAAACCGCCAUCCAUUGAGGUGACCGACCUGACCUACACGUUCCAGGACUACUCCACCGGCGUCUCCCACGUGUCGCUCUCGCUGCCGCCGCGGUCGCGCACGCUCCUGGUCGGCGCCAACGGGGCGGGCAAGACCACACUCCUGCGGCUGCUGGCGGGCAAGCGGCUGGCGCCGAGUGGGGCGAUCCGCGUGUCCGGCGCGGACCCGUUCGCGGACGGCCUCGAGGGCGUCACCUACCUGGGUCUGGAGUGGGUGCUGAACGCCAUCGUGCGCACCGACAUCGGCGUCGACGAGCUGCUGCGGUCCGUGGGCGGCGACGCUUUCCCUGACCGCCGCGACGAGCUGGUCGCCGUGCUGGACGUCGACACGGCGUGGCGCAUGCACGCCGUCUCGGACGGCGAGCGCCGCCGCGUCCAGCUCGCCAUGGGCCUCCUGCGCCCCUGGUCCGUCCUGCUGCUCGACGAGAUCACCGUCGACCUCGACGUGUGGAGCCGCGCGCAGUUCCUGGGCUGGCUGCGCCGCGAGACGGAGGUGCGCGAGUGCACCAUCGUGUACGCCACGCACGUCCUCGACAACCUCGCGGGCUGGCCCACGCACCUCGUGCACAUGCACCUCGGCACCGUCAAGGAGUGGGGGCCCGCCGGCGAGAUGCUGGCCCGCGUCGACGGCGACGGCGCCCUCGCCGCCUCGGGGAACAGCCGCCUCGGUGAGCUGGUGCUGGCCUGGCUGAGGGACGACCUGCAGAAGAGGGGCCCGCGGAGCCAGAACAGGAGGGGGCCCGAGGGGAAGACGUACAGUUUCGGGUCGGGGCUGGGUGGCUAUGGCCACGAGUCCAAGCAAAAGGGGUUGGAGCGGUUGGGGAAAUGAGGGCCUGAUGGGUUCAGCAACGGGUUAUUCAACAUUAGAAGCAUUGGAUUGGCGUUUCAUCAUGAUACCCAGGCGGCAUUUAACAUGGCGUUGAGAUCGGCCAUUUAGAAUGCAAAUCUGAGUGACGUGGGCAUCUGGGAGGUUCGUUUUCGAAAAAGAAGAAAAAAACGUCAGGUUU